CGUUAGUAUCCAAAGAAAAAGGCAAACAGACUAUUUCAAGUUUAUGUAACGCAAACUUUACUUGUUUUAUAUGCGAAUUAAAUGAUUAAAACCCUCCUGAGAACUACUUGUAUAAAUGGAAAAACUGUGCCAAGAAAACAAAUUUCUAGAUGUAUUUUGAGGAGAGAUGUAAACUUUAGCUGGUGUGCAUCAAACAAUGAACAACAAAGGCUAUUCAGGGAGUUAAGAUUACCUUUAGAAUCACAGAUUUCCCAUCAUGUGAGAUUCCAAUAUUUUCUUUUCAAAUUUGUGCAUAAUUUCCACACACCCGUAAAAUGGAAUAACAAAUAUAUUGUCAGUUAUGCCAAAGAAGGGACAACCAAAUGCAAAAAAUGUAAAUCCAAGAUAGAGAAAGGGGAUUUAAGAGUUGGUAAAGAAGUGACCAAUCCAUUGUCCAAAGGAGUAGGAGAUAUGAAGCUGUGGUAUCAUCCAAGGUGUAUGGUUGAAACAUUUAAACUAACUACAACAAUGAUACAAAAGAUGGAAGGAUUUGGUGACCUUGAACAGGAGGAUAAAGAUAACCUUAAUAAAAUGAUAAACGAAUCCAAGUCUUCACUCAAGAAAACAGAAAGUUUGAAAACCAUAAAUAGUGCAUUUAAGAAAAAGAAGACAUUUAAGCCUACACAAUUGUCUCCCAAAGUCUCAAACACUGUUUCUUCUUCCUCCUCUCCAACAGACUUACUGGCAGCUAACAUAGAAUUAUCAACUUCUGAUAGAGAUGAAGAACCACUUUACAGUAAUAUAGUGAAUCCUGGGGAUUCCUUAGAGAAUUUCAGGAAGUUAUGUGAAGACAUUGCAGCAGAAAAAAGCUAUCUGGUAAAAACACAGAAAGUUUCCACUUUGUUAAAGGAGGGUCCACAUGGAGAUGGAUUUAAAGCUGAUGCCUACCUGUGGUUGAAGUUGUUGUUACCAGGAUUUGUGAAGCGUGUUUAUAACCUCAAGAGUAAACAACUGGUAAAGUUAUUCAGUCGGAUUUUUGACACUUCUUAUGAAGAUAUGGUUGAAGAUCUAAAUCAGGGAGAUGUAGCAGAAACAAUCAAAACUUUCUUUGAACAAAGCCAUAUGGUACUACCCCAGAGGAGAAGUACUCUUAUGUUAAAAGAGAUUGAUCAGUAUUUAGAGGAACUCACAAAGGUCAGAAAAGAGGACGAUCAGAUGAAAAUUCUUCAAGAAGUAACAAAAAGAUGUACAGCUGAUGAUAUAAAGAUGUUUGUGAGAUUGAUUACAAGGGAUUUAAAAAUGAAUGCGGGUGCAAAGACUAUAUUGAAUGGACUAGAUAAGAAUGCUUACGAUGCCUUCCAAGCUUCUAGGGAUUUGAAGGAUGUUGUACAGAGAGCUAUGAAUAGAGGGUCCAAACCAGGAAACAGUAAACCUCUCAAUAUCAGGACAUUGUUAAUGACACCAGUGCUACCUAUGUUGGCUCAACCUUGCAGAUCUAUUAAACAAGCAAUUAAAAAAUGUCCUGAUGGAAUGUAUGCAGAGAUGAAAUAUGAUGGAGAAAGAGUUCAAGUUCAUAAAAAGGGAGAUAACUUUUCCUACUUCAGUAGAAAUUUGAAACCUGUUCUGGAUCACAAGGUGAAGCAUUUUUCUGAGUACAUCCCUCAAGCCUUCCCAUCAGGAGAUGAUCUGAUAUUAGAUGCUGAAGUUGUAUUGGUUGAUAAUGAAACUAACAAGCCUCUUCCAUUUGGUAACUUAGGAGUUCAUAAGAAAGCUGAAUUUAAGGAUGCCCAAGUAUGUUUAUUUAUAUUUGACUGUCUGCAUAUUAAUGGAGAAAACAUCAUGCACAAACCUAUUAAAGAAAGAAGGAAUAUUUUACAAGAUGAGAUGACAGAGAUUAAGAAUAGGGUUAUGUUUUCUGAGAUGAGGUUGAUUAAAGAUCCAGAGGACCUACAAGAUAUGAUGGAUGAUGUUUUUGGUCAAGGAUUAGAAGGCCUUGUUUUGAAAGAUAUAAAUGGUGUUUAUUCACCAGGAAAGAGACAUUGGUUGAAAGUGAAGAAAGAUUACUUACAAGAAGGCACAAUGGCAGACUCGGCAGAUUUAAUUGUUCUUGGAGCUUAUUAUGGUACAGGGAAUAAAGGUGGAAUCAUGUCAAUAUUUUUAAUGGGAGCAUACAAUCCUCAUACAAACAAGUUUUGCACUGUUACAAAAUGCAGUUCAGGUCUUGAUGAUAAGACUUUAGAAGAACUACAGUUCCAGCUUGAAGUGGUAAAAAUCAACAAAGACGUCACCAAAGUACCAAACUGGUUACAUGUCAAUAAGUCCCUCAUACCUGAUUUCGUUGUCAAGGACCCGAAAGAAUCUCCAAUCUGGGAAAUUAUUGGAGCUGAGUUUAGUAAAUCACCAGCCCAUACGGCUGAUGGUAUAUCAAUACGAUUCCCCAGGAUUGCUGAUGUUAGAGAUGAUAAAACAUGGGAAUAUGCUACUGAUGUUCCAAUGCUACAGGAUCUGUUUAAGAAAUCUAAAGAAGCAUCCGACAUAGUAACCCCAAAUAAAGGGAAACCCUCAUAGACACUUCUACAAAAAUAUAAUAGCCUAACUUAUGAUGCCACUGUCAAUAGUGAGAAACAUGUUUGCUAGAACGGCAUUGGAUGAUAGGGAAAGUGAUGGCACUAGUCCAGCCACAUCAGAAAUGAGCUUGAAAAUGUAGAUUUUUGUGGUGACAUUUUAGUACAAGAGACAAAGAACUGUGAACAGCUCUGCUUUGCAGAAUGCUUGGUUGAACUUUAAAUGGAAAAAUGGACAGUUUGUUAUGAAAGAUGAAUACUUAUUUGGGUGAUUUUAUAUUGGAAUUGAUAACCAAUAAUAAAAAAAAAUAUGAAAAAUCUUAUUUUAAUGUUGAAUCAGCUGACUGAAUGGGUCAUUUUAGUAAUUGUCAUAUUUGGAAUUAGUUAUUUUUAUUGCAAGUUAAUAAUUAUUAUUCGACUCUAAAACUACUGGUACUUGUCUUAGGAAUCCCUGAUGAUAAUUGUUCCAAAAUACCUGUUGCGUGUACUGAAAUCUGUAUCAUACACAUGAUACAUGUACAUAUAUAUAUCAUGC